AUGACUGCCCUUCUCAUUUUGUUAUUACUGACAGUGGUGGCAGUGACCAUUGGUGUUCUGGCUCACGUGUUAGUCUCUGGACAGAAAAUGGAGUAUUAUCAUGCCACCUUUAAAAUUUCAGAUCCACAAGUCAAUAGUAAUUCUGGACAAAACAACACAUACCAACUUAAGGACUUAAGGGAGAUGAGUGAGAACUUGGUGGAUGAGAUAUUUAUAGAUUCAGCCUUGAACAAGCAUUAUAUCAAGAACCAAGUAGUCAGACUGACUCCAGAGGAAGAUGGUGUGAAAGCAGACAUCGUUAUGGUGUUUCAGUUCCCCUCUACUGAGCAAAGGGCCUUAAUAAAGGAGAAAAUCCUUAGCAUCUUAAAUCAGAAGAUAAGGAACACAAGAGCCUUACCCAUAAAUGCGUCUUCAGUUCAAGUUAAUGCAAUGAGCUCAUCAACAGGGAAGCUAACUGUCCAAGCAUGUUGUGGUAAACGAGUUGUUCCAUUAAUAGUCAACAGAAUAAUGUCUGGAGACAUCGCAGCCAAGGCUGCCUGGCCCUGGCAAGCUUCCCUUCAACAUAAUAACAUACAUCAGUGUGGGGCCACCCUGGUCAGUAAUACAUGGCUCAUUACAGCAGCGCACUGCUUUACGAAUGAUGCAAAUCCACAUCAAUGGACUGUUAGUUUUGGAAUGACAAUCAACCCUCCAUUAAUGAAAAGAAAUGUCAGAAGAAUUAUUGUCCACGAAAGAUACCACUUCCCAGCAAGAGAGCACGAUAUUGCUGCUGUUCAGUUCUCUCCCAGGGUCACCUUUACCGAUGACAUCCGCCGGGUUUGUCUGCCGGAAGCCUCCGCAUCCUUCCAGCCAAAUUCCACGGUCUAUAUCACAGGAUUUGGAGCACUCUUCUAUGGUGGGAAAUCCCAAAAUAAACUUCGAGAAGCCAAACUGAAAAUCAUAAGUGAUGAUGUGUGCAAGCAACCGCAUGUAUAUGGCCGUGAUAUAAAAUUUGGAAUGUUUUGUGCUGGAUAUCUAGAAGGAAUGUAUGAUGCUUGCAGGGUAGGGUGA